UCUUUGACCUCCUCCGUCACCCGCCAUGAUGCUGCCGCCCCUGCCGCUCCCCCUCCUUUUCCUUGCCCUCCCCUCGCUCAUCGCCGCCGGCCCCUCCGCCAGCACGGACCGCGUGUCCGUGCCCACUCGCGAGCUACUAGACACUAGAGAAGGUAUCACCCUUGCCAAUGGCGCUUCCUUGGCCGCCCCCCCACGGCGACGUCCCGGCGACCCCUCGCGCCCGCCGGAAUGUCCCCCCUGCUUCAACUGUCUCCUUCCGGCGUUCAGCUGCGGCAAUUCGGGAGAAUGCAAUCCGUAUGAUGGACAGUGCAAAUGCCCGCCCGGAUUUGGCGGCCAAGACUGUCUCACACCGCUCUGCGGCGCGUUAUCCGACGGUGAUGAACGAUUCCCUCGGCCCAAAGGCGAAUUAUGCGAAUGCAAAGACGGAUGGGGAGGGAUCAACUGUAACGUCUGUAAGGACGACCGAGCAUGCGCAGCAUUCCGACCUCGCUCAACAGACAUCAAAGAGACGGACGAAGAUGAGGAGAACGAAAUGGUUUGUUACAAGAGAGGUUUGGCCGUAUCGCAAAACUUUCAGAUGUGCGACGUCACAAAUCGAAAAAUCAUUGAUACGAUCCCCGACAACAAGCCUCCUCAAGUAACAUUCUCCUGCUCGGCCAACGGACCUUCUUCCAACUCUUCCUUCGCCCCGAACACCAAUCCCUUUUCCCCUUUCGACGACCUCCUCGCAGGCGACACCGAUGCUUUCGGCUCUUGCAAUUUCCAGUUCUGGGUCGACCGUAUCGAAAGUUUCCACUGUGAACUUUCAGGAUGUAGCUGGGAGAGUAAAGGGAGUUUUGAUACCAACCAAACGAACUAUCAAUGUGAAAAGAUUAAAUGUGCCUGCAUCCCUGGACAAUUCUUAUGUGGCGAGGACGGUAGCGUCAACAUCGACGACUUUCUCAGCGAGGAAGUCAAAGGCCCCGGCUCAUUCUCCUGUUCCGCCGGCCGAGGCUGCUCCUUCUCCGAACCGGCCAUGAACCAGCUCAUCAACGACAUUUUCGGCGACAAAUCCAUCACACUCGACUGUGAAAGUGGAGAAUGUUUACACUAUACGCAAGUACCAGGCUAUGUCGUUCCUGAAAAGCCGGAUAAUCGAUCUUUGGUCGCUUUGAGUGCAGCGGCUGCUGCUGUGAUUUUCAUCUUGGCCUGUAUCUUAUUUUGGUAUCUCGGAAGAACCCACCGCCACCCUUCCGGCUUCGGAUCCAUCCACCUCCCAUCCGACGAAGCUUCCAAACUCAUGUCGGACCACGUCCCCGCCACCCUCCACUUCAACAACCUCUCCUACACUCUGCCUUCUGGCAAACGCGUCCUUUCGCAUAUCACCGGUACAGUCCGCCCCGGCGAACUUUUAGCCAUCAUGGGCGCCUCUGGCGCCGGAAAAUCCACCCUACUCGACAUUCUCGCGCGUAAAGCCAAGACGGGCAAGGUCGAAGGCGACACAUACAUCAACAGCCGACCCAUCACGGACGAAUCCACCUUUCGCCGUGUCGUCGGCUACGUCGACCAGGAAGACACCCUCCUCCCCACCUUGACCGUGUACGAAACCGUCCUCUUCUCCGCCCUCCUCCGUCUCCCGCGCGAAAUGUCGUACGACGCCAAAGUCUACCGCACCCUCGAAACCAUGAACGAGCUCGGGAUCCUCGGCAUCAAGGACGCGCGGAUCGGCGAAUCUGGGAAAAGAAGCAUCUCGGGCGGCGAGAAACGGCGGGUGUCGAUCGCGUGCGAGUUGGUCACCGGGCCCUCCAUCUUAUUCCUCGACGAACCCACUUCCGGGCUCGACUCGUACAACGCCCAAAACGUCGUUCAAUCCCUGCACACACUCGCCCAACGGUACAAACGUACCGUCAUCUUUACCAUCCACCAACCCCAAUCGAACAUCGUCGCCCUCUUUGACCGUCUCGUCCUCCUCGCAAAGGGACAGAUGGUAUACUCGGGCGAAGCGAGGAAAGUGAAGACACAUUUUGAAUCGGUGGGAUACGAGUGUCCGGAAGGGUGGAAUACGGCGGAUUGGUUGAUUGAUCUGACGGUGGACGCUGCCGGGGAACAUCGUGGGGGUAGCCGCAGUGGCCAGUCCCCGUCCAACGGUAACGAUCAUGGGAAUGGGGCCGCGACCGGUCUUUAUACCCAGCGCGACGACGCCGGCGCCGGCGCCGCCGUGCUGGACCCCGAAGCUGGCUUCCCCACCUCCCCGCAUGCACCUUUCCACCUUGACGGUAACGAUAGAGGAGGAUCUCCCGGUAUACUCGGCGAAAUCAAAACCAAAGCGCAUAAACUCCUCGGCGCAUUCACAUCCCCUUCCUCCGUCCCUUCCUCCUCCUCCUACCCCGCCACACCCAUUGAGUCAGUCACCCCUUCUCCUCGCGCGAUGGCUUUCCAAGGUAAAGAUAACAUCCACAUCCCCCGCAUUCCUGAAAAACUCGCUUCCCUCGUCCUCGCUUCAAGGGCGAGUGAUGAUGCCAAGAUUGUAGAAGCUGAAAUUUCGAGGAUCCAGCAUGGAGAGACUGCUGAUGGCGGGUAUCCACAUCCCAAUACCACGAUCAGCACCAGUGCGACCGCCAGUGCGACGGCUAGUACGACUGCCAGUAUCAUUGCGGAUCAAAGGAAUGUAGAGGAAGAAACCGGGUUGAUGAAGGGGUACCAAAAAGCGGGAUUAUGGGAUCAAUUCAAGCUGUUGAGCAGUCGAGCGUUCAAAAACCUUUACAGAAAUCCCUUGCUUAUGGCCACGCAUUAUGCCGUGGCUGUCAUCGCCGCGUUACUAUGUGGAUUCUUUUUCUAUCAAGUCACCAAUGACAUUCCCGGCUUCCAAAAUCGACUUGGAUUGUUCUUGUUCAUCCUCUCCUUGUUCGGCUUUUCGUGUCUCAGUUCUCUUGGGAUCUUUGCGAAUGAGAGAUUGUUAUUCAUGCGGGAGAGAUCCAACGGCUACUACUCUCCCAUCACCUACUUUCUCGCCAAACUUCUAUUCGACAUCAUCCCCCUCCGCGUCAUUCCGCCCUUCAUCCUCGGUUCCAUCGUCUAUGGUUUGGCGGGUCUGAACGCUGAAGUGUCGGCGUUCUGGAAGUUUAUCAUGAUUCUGGUGCUUUUCAACUUGACAGCCUCGAGUAUCGUAUUGUUCUUGAGUGUGGCGAUUUCGGAUUUAGGGGUGGCCAAUCUGUUGGGGAGCUUGGUCAUGCUUUACAACCUACUCUUUGCUGGCCUUCUCAUGAACUAUGACCGAGUGCCGGAUGGCUUAAAGUGGAUGCUCACUACUUCCUUCUUCCACGCUGGCUAUGAAGCGCUUCUGGUGAACGAGCUGAGGUACCUCCAGUUGGUGGAGAGAAAGUUUGGCUUGGAUAUUCAAGUACCUAGUGCGACGAUCCUCUCAUCAUUCGGUUUCCACGCGCAAGCAUUUUGGUGGCCUGAUACGGCGUUGAUGGGGAUUGUGUUUGGGAUUUUUACAGUGUUGAGCUAUCUUGUUUUGCAGUUCUGGGUCAAAGAGCGACGAUGAUUCUUGGAAACGGUUUGGUCAAACGAAGGGAAAAUAAAAGUCAAAAAAAAAGAGGAAGCGAAUGGCAAACGGGAAAGCAAAUUGUGAGAUGCGGGAUUUUCCUGUAUCGUAUUGUGGAAAUCGUUCGUUGUUUGAUAUGCGAGA